UUCAAGGCAGAAAAUUGCAAUUGCACCGAACGGACGACUAGCGAAACAAAACGAAAAAUCCCAAACAUUUCACUUGUUAAAUAAAUCUAUAUACAUAACUGCACAGCAGUCCAAUUAGGCUAAAAGCGUAUCAAGGUAAUCGAAUCAAAUUGUCAAACGCCAAGAAACGCGCACAGCUCGUUGACGGCGCGCGCGUUUUGGGAAAAAACGCGUUGCGUUCUUUUCAUUUUGCUGUAUGUGAGAGACUUCUUCGACACAACACACAAACAUACACAUACACGCACACAUACAGGCAAUCGCCAGCAACAGCAACGAAAACGACGGUCGGUCCGAGACGAGGCGAGUGAAAGUGUCUCCACCACGGAAGUGCAUCUGUGAUUUGUAUAAUAAUGCGUCGCGCAUACUCAAAUUUUUGUUACGCGAAAGCCCUGGCUGCGUUUUAGCCCGAUUGACGUAGUGGCUUAAUGUUGCAAAGAGUGUGUAACAAAAAGAAACAAAAAUAAAAACAUAAAUAGAAAAUAAUACGAUAUACAAAAAGAUAUCGAAAAAUUUCGUUUAAUCAAAUAAAUAAAGAUGGCUGAACAAGUGGAGAAGGCAUUGACGUACAUGAAGACAAUUCCCGUUACCGGAAUGUUACAGGUGCCUGACUCCGAAAGAGCAUUAUCAGCCGCAACAGCAACAAAAACUUGCAUGAACUGUUGCAGCAGCGAGGACGAUGCGCGUCCCAGUUGCAGCGGGAGCAGCGGCAGCAACAAAUCCAAGGGAGCCAAAGCCAAAACCCGUGCCAGCAACGUCGAUGCGAGUGUUGUGGCUGCAGCCGAGGCCGUUGUCAAUGGUGAACUGGAUGCCGCCUCUUGCUAUCAUGUGAGCAUGAAAAUGUCCAUUGAUGCGGCCACGCCGCGCAUCUGUGGCGACUCCAUACCAAUGAAAUGUGAUGCAUUGGUCGCAAUGCGGGAGGCGCUCAGCGCCAACAAACCAUUGCCCCUCCAAUCCAAACAUCAAGCGGGCAAAAGCAAUGGCAGCACCAAGCCCAAUCCACCACCGCCUUGUCAGCUGUUGGAACGGCUCAAUUUUCCCGAAGGCAACAUCAUAAAUACGCUGCACACGAUAUUGGCGCUGCCGCCGUUUGAUCCUUACGCGCCAGCGCCAAAAUCGGAUGUCGUCUACAAGGAGGUGGUUUCACUCAUGCAAUGGAGCCUACGCGAGAACAAUGUCAUCGAAAUGGAGCUAAGCGAUAAACUGCUGCACGAGUGUAAGUCGAAAAGCCAGGAUCCAAACGAUGAGACGCGCUCUUAUUUGAUGGCCAUUGAGAAUAUGCGUUUAUUCUCGGAGGAUCCAAAGAAUCCACUGAGGGACGCCGACGGACAGCUGCGUGCAAUUACGCUUUAUUUUCAGAAUCUUGCCUUGAUAUUUGUGAAGCAUCGAAAGGAGGAAUUCUUCACAUUUUGUUCCUGCAAGGAAUGUCUCGAAUAUCGCGAAACCAUCAUGGCCAUUAUGAUGGAUCAAUUCAAGGCUGCCCACAUGGUCGUCAUGCUGCUCGAUGUGCUAAUCAAGGCAUACAGUCCCAUGUUAAAAAACGAUGCUGCCUACAACAAAUUUGAGAAGCUAUUGGAGUCCAAUAAGCAAAUAUAUUGGAUUACAAGCGGAUUUCUCUACGAUAAAAAUGCCGAAUAUCUGGAUUUUAUUGAUGAUACUGCGAUCUCUGAUAAUAUGAUAUUAGUGCUAUUCAGCGCCAUACUGAUGGCCAACAAUCCAAUGCUGCUGCUACAAAUACUCGCCUAUAAUGUUGAGUGCAUUGUCAAGGCAUUUUCCGAGGGCAUGAUCGAAAUUGCUCAAAACGUGCAGGAGAACGAAAAGAUAUCUGCCGAAAAGAUGCUCACAUAUUUACUGGACGGCUACUCAGAUCUGAACUGCAUCUCACAGAAGAUCUCGCUAAGUCUGUUCGCUUUCGAGAAUGAUUUUCUGCGCAAGUUCAAGCUCUCCUGGGUGCUACUGUGCCAGCGCCUCUUUCAGCAACAUGUGUUCAAUCCGCUGGGCGACACCAUGCUCGCAUGCAUAUUGUCGCUGAAGGAGGGCGAGAGCUCGACCCAGACAACGGCGUUAAUUAAACGCUAUAUGCUAUUCGAUGAGCAUAUGCACUCCAUUGAGCGCCGCUGGACGGACAUUUGGGUGGAGCUAAACAAGUUCAACUUGUCGCCCACGGAGCACGAUCGUCGCAUGGGCCUACUCGAUGUGUAUAACAUAUUUGAUAAGGUCGUUAUGGAUGCCACCUCCUUCUCGCUGCCGGAUAUCAGUGAUGAUGAGUUCAUAGAUUUUCAGCGUAUUGUCGAUCGUCAACUGGCUUGGAAGAACAUCAUGGCGUUCACCAAGCUCAAAUGGCCAGACGGUUUCUACGAUCCGCCCAAUAAGCUGGUGCACGAGGACUUAUGCAAAAAGUGUAAUGCGAUGCUGGAAUACCAUAAUGAAAACUGCAAAUGCAUCACUUGCUCCAUUGCUGGCACACCUCUGAUGCCGCGACAAGCCGGACAUUGUGCCAAGUGCACAACACUCGGCAUUGUUGAGAAGGACGCCAAGCUAAUGAAAUCGAAAAUACUGAGCACCUGCACCAGCGAUGAGGCCAAACACCAUAUGGCAGCUAGUACUAGCGCCGCUGCUGCCGCACAGCAGCGUAGUCAGUCCGAUGCUGUUGUCGCUGUCACAAAGGAGGAGUCAAGUGGCGGGACAUUGCGACGUCAGGAGAUGGAUACCGCUUUGCGCACCACCUACCACGUGGCAUGGGCUGUAUUCCAGCACCUUGCGACACGCAAACGCUAUCGCUACGACAGCGUCGAGCCGCAAUACUUUUGCGGCGAAAACUGCCGAGUCUCCGCCUGCCAGCUGGCGCGCAAGAUCCUUGCCAAUGAACUGUCGCCGCCGCUGACUAAGCAUUUGUUGCGUUGCUUCCAGCCGUUGUCGUUUUCCCGCGAGGAGCUGCGCACUACGCUGCCAUCGCUGAUGUUCUUCAAUCGCAAGCUGGCGCCCAGUCCCGCCGAGCUGCAGGAGCUCAAGAACCAGCACUAUGUCUACAAGACCUACUGGACCUUCGUGUUGUCCAUCUAUGCCAAUUUCUUUGUCAAGUUCAAUUCGACGGCCACGGACUUUAAGCAUCUGGAGCUGCUCAAAGGCGAUUUGCGAUUGCGCCCAAAUAGCGUGGUUGGCGACAAGGACGAUGGACGCUUCGAACAGUUUUUGGCCCAGGUCAUUGGCUAUUCGCCCUUCAAGAUUACGGAUGACUUCACACUGGGCGACGCCAACAUCGACAAAAUGCAAUUUGGCGUGGAUCAUCUGAUGAAGCUGCACGAUUCGCAAAUGAUCAAACGUGGCAAGCCGGACAGCACCACUAGCAUGGGCUCUGGCAAGUCGAAGCUAAACGAUCCGGCACAAUCGGGCGCCGGCAACGACUCGAAUAACUCCAAGAAGUGCAAGGAAAAGAUGCGAAAAUGCUGUGCUGACUACGCGGACAUUGGUGAGCCCUGCAAGGAGAACCACUCGAAGAAGCGUGUCAAGAAGGAGUGCAAUCAUGCGCGCUUCAACGAGACGCGCGAUCGCUUGCGCAAGAAGCUCACACAGAUUGUCAACGAUCGCAAGAGCAAGAGCAGCCAGGAGACGGUGGCCAGGGCGCAAGCGGAGCCAACUGCCGGUCGCAAGCACGAGCCGGUGACCACUCAGCAGCCGCCCACACUCAAGGUGGUUGCCUCGGCGCAGGUGCAGGCGGCCACACGUAAAAUGCCUGCAGCGGCAGCGGCUGCAGCAGCUGCUGCCGCCGCGGCGGCACUCAAUGAGAUUGGCGACAACAUUGAGGAUGGCGAUAAUAGUCUGCUCUGCCUGGACAGUCUGUGCAAGAGCAUCCAGAUGCACACGGAUGCGGCUGGAGGCGGCAGCGGUGGUAGUGGCAGCAGCAGCGCCGGCAGCCUGCCCGCCGAUCUGAACAGCUACAGCAAGGAGGAGAUGAUGCAGGACUUCGCCGAAUUCUUGGGCAGCUAUACACGCGAGCAGGAUCAAAAGCGUUGGAUUAAUGAGACGUUAAAUUUCAUCGAGGGCAAGCCACAGCAGCCGCAAACGUCAAAUCCCAAGAAGGCCGCCAAGAAAGCCAAGCAGAAGCAGCGCAAGGAGGAGGAGAAACGCAUUAGGGAGCUGGAGGAUUUGCGCCGUCAAUUCCUCGACAUCUACUUCAAGGAGUUCAUCGACAAAUAUGAGAUGCGAACCUUAACGGCUGCUGGCGGCCGCAAGCGCGAAAAGAAACGAAUUUCCGAACUGGAGACCAACAUCAAGAAUCUGCAGCGGGCGAAGGCUAAGGUGGAGUCGGUCAUACUGGAGCUGAUUGCAACCAUCAAGCAGGCCAACAGCGAAUUUAAAUUCUCUUACCUGCCCACCAAGGAGCAGCAAAUGGCUAAGCUAGCGCAACUCGAUGAGAUCCUGAAAGGAGGGCUACCCCAUCUUGAGAACUUUCCCCGGCCACCAGCCCCAGCCCCAGCCCCAGCAGCAGCACCAGCGCCAGCACCGGUUGCGGCUGAACCUGCAGCCAGUGCACACUAUCCCAGCUUUAUCAGCUCUGCCGCAUUCUUUCCGCCACACAUUGGGGCGCCGCAUACACCCAUGUGCUAUGCACCGCCCCAGCCGCCGCAGCAGCAGCAACAGCAGUUGCCGCGGGACGUGAUCGCCGCCAUGGCGGCCAAUGCCAUAACCGCAGAUCCAUCCAAGCGCAUCGUCACCAUACGUCGCGUGCAGCUGCCGCACGCCAGCGGCGAACAGCAGGUGACCGUGGUGGCCAAGGGCAGCUCGCCGGACGAGGACAAGCUGCUCUACACGUUUGUCAAUGGUCAUAUGGUGGCCUCAGCGCAGCCAGCGCCAAAGAGCUCAGCUCCGGCUGCGCCGCCUGUGAUGGAGAAGAGCGCCAAAGCCAGGAAAAAGGAGGCUAAACGGGCAGCAGCAGCAGCAGCGGCGGCAGCAAACGCCGCUGCGGCCUCGGCUGCUGCUGCUGCUGCGACUGCUGCUGCUGAGUUGGAGGCAACUAAGACAGCAAAGAACAAGAAACAAAACAAAAAGGCAGCGGCGGCCGUGGCGGUGACGGCGGCUCCUAUCGCCUCCAGUUCCACAUCGGGCACCAGCUCCAAGUCGCAGACGCCGCAAAGCAGCGCCGUCAACACGCGCGAGAACUCCUUGUGCAGCAUCAAGCCGAAGGCCAACAAAAAGGCGGCGUCCAAGAAUGCCAACAAAACAGUGGCCGAAGUGCCGCCGCCCAAACCGGAGCCUGAGCCAACGCCGGAGCCGGAACCGGAACCAAAGCCGGAGCCAGUAAAGAAACACAAACGCUUGAAGCCGCGACUGGAUGAGGGCCAACUGGACAACAAUCCGUUCAAGUCGCUCCACCUGCUCGACUCCUCGGACGGUGAGUGGGAAACGGGCAGCGAGUCGGAGGAUGCAGCAGAGCCACCAUUGCCGCAGCCAGUGAAAUCGCAGCCGAAGACGAGUGUUGCAUCCAAGCCAGCGGCCGCAGCUGUGCCAAAUUCCAAGCAGAAGGUGGCGGCAGCGGCAGCGGCGCCUGUUAAGAAGUCCAAAAAUGAGGCCGCGCGAACGCAAGCAGCUCCUCAGCAGCCGCAGGGACAUCCGCAGCCAGGCAAAUCCACAUCAGCUACUGCUUCCAAUCAGCGCAAAGCUACGUCCCAGCAGCAGCAGCAACAGCAGCCGGCGCAGGCUAAGAAUCCAUCGCAGCGUUCGUCCGACUCACAGUCGAAUGGCAGCACACGCAAGGCCAAGUCCAGCCAGGGACAAGGGCAGGCCCAGGCUCAGUCGCAGGCGCAGGUUCAACCGCAGAGCGUCCCGCCGCCGGCUAACGGUAAUGGGCAUCGCGGAUCGCAGUCGCGCGGAGGACGUGGCGGCAGUGGACGGUCGAAGGCAGCCAAUGGAAGCCAGCAGCAACAACUGCCUCAUGCGAAUAGCAAUAGCACUUGCUCCUCGAUCGCCACUGAGCAGAGCUGCAGCACUGGGCAAACCUCAAAGCGUUCGCAGCGUGGCAAGCGCGGACAUCGUGGACAGAAGCAGGAGGAUCUCUCGGGCAUACCCAGUCACAUGGGCUAUUUCAAUCCCAACGAAGUUGCCAUACCACCGCCGUCGAUGCCGCCGAUGCCGCCGCAUGCCGGCAGCUAUGCCAGCACGCUGACCCAGCAGAUGCAGCAUCUGCGCAUUGGCAACGGCUCUUCCGGCAAGCAGCAGCAGCAGCAGCAACAGCAGAUGCAGAUGCAGCAGCCCAAUUGCAGCAUUAUGGAUCAGCUGAAUCGUGGCGUCCAGGUGGAGCAUCUAUCACUGCCACCGGGCAUAACGCUCACCAAGGUAGAUCCGGCCAAGAGCGAGCAGCUGCGCCAGAAGAGCGAAUCCAUACGUAAGCUCUCCAAACCGCUGGCGGAACAGCAGCAACUCUCGCUGCAGCAGCAGCAGCAGCAACAGGCACAUCUCAUGAGCAGCUACUAUGCGGGCAAUGCCACGGGCAUGGACUCCGCCGGUGGCGUCAUUAUGGUGGAGGCCAAUCCGCGCUCCAGCUCCCGCAACCAGUGCCAGCCUCUGGCUAUGCCGCCCAAUGGCAAUGGCACUGGCGUUGGGAAUAUGAAUGUGGCUGCUGCCGCUGCGGCGGCCAGUGCAAGUGGCAAAUCGUCGAGACGACGUCGCCGCAAUCGUGGCAAGUCGGGCGGCAGUGGUGCUGGCACUGGCCUCGCCAGCCUGGGGCAGCACAAGCAACGCUCUGGCCCGGACAACCAGCAGCAGCAGCAGCAGCAGGCACAGCAUGUGCUCAGCACGGCGCCCAUAAUGGAGGCGAGUGCGGGUGGGAACAUUAUAACGCUGCGCAAUCCGAUGUUCCAUCAGGGCGUGAACAAUGGGCCGGUGUCCGCUGGCAUUCUGUCCAAUCCCAAUCCCAUGCCGCCAGCUCGGGCCUUUGGCGCUGGUCUGCCACUUGCCGCCUCGUUGCCAAUGGACCAACCGGCCGCGAUUAUUAAGAAUGAGAACGGCAUGUUCACCAUACGCAAUCCGGCGUUGCACCAGGCCGUAACCAAUGGAUUGGCCAUGGGCGGCUAUCGUCAGUUUGGCAGCAAUGUCAACUACUAUACGCCGCAGGAGGCGGUGGCCGAGGCGGCGCGUGCCACACAGCAGAAGCUAUCGUCGCCACCAUUGGUUGUCACGCCCGGUAGCAGCAGCAGCAGCACUGCUCAACCAGUUCCCGCUGCCCCCACCAACUUCUCAUACUUUUCCAGUGGUUCAGCCAGUGGCGGCGGCAGCAGCAACAGCAGCAGCGGCAGUGGUGUUGGCCUCAGCGCCUGCGGCGGCGGUGGCAUGGUCGACACGCACAAUAAUAUCAGUAUUAGCUGCACAAAUGUUCCCAUGACCAGCAGUAGUCCGGGUCGUCUGGUGGGCGAUGCGGCCGUCAUCGCCCGUCCGAAGCAGACACAGAAAUGUCUGUCCGCCAUUGGCAGCGAGCUGAAGCAGAAGACCAAAGACAACCACUCGUCCGCAUCGAGCCAAUGGUCGAGCUUUGGCCAACCGACAUCGGAGUUUGGUGCCGGCCCGGCGGGCUCCACGCUGCAGGAGAAAUACCAACAGUCCAGCUACUACAAUGGCUUCGAGGUAUUCCCCUCAUCUGCUGGUGCUGGUGCUGGUGGUGGUGGUGGCAACGGACCCGGCGCUGGCCCAGGCGACUGUCACAUGCAUCAUAAUUGUGGCGACGACUCGCCGCCUCCAACCAUCACCGGUUUCAAUUCCUAUCUCGAGGGCAUACCCAACACCGGCGUCAUUCGCUAUGACGAUGCGGCCUUCCUCAAGAAUUUGAUACCGGGCCAGCAUCUCAACAACGAGGUCUCCAUACACAACAUAUCGGAGUCCAACUUCACGCGCAACAAUGCAUCGCCAUCGCCACAUCAUGUGGAGAUAACAACCGUGUUCGGCAAUCGCAACUGCUCAGCGAAUACCUAUGAACAGCAACAGCAGCAGCAGCAACCGCAGGCGAACAGCUACUGCGACAAUGUGGCCACCGAUUACGGCAGUGAUUCCACCCACCUGUUUGUGCAAGGCAACAUGAUGCCACGUUUAUCACAGGCGCCGCCGACAUCGGCGCAGGAUCCGUUUGGCUAUGACUUUGAGCCGGCGGCAGGCUCCAAGCCCGCCAGCGUGGCAAGCGACCUGAAUGAGUUCUUGCGUCGCAGCCCGCACAGCCAGCGCACCUCGCCCUACAGUCCGGACGAGAACGUGGUACUCGAGGCAUUUGUGCAAAACAUGAACGCACUCCAUAUAGCCAGCGAUGCGGAGCAGUGUGCACGACUCAACGGAAGCGCAGCUUCUGCCGGAGAUGCGGCUGUAGCAGAUGCAACUGCGGGUGCUGCUGGAGUCGGUGCUACUUGGUGGUAGAGUGGCUAUGACCAUGACAGCUGUUGCUUCAAUGUCAACAACAUGAACUCACAUACACACACACAGAUCCUUCACAUACAUCCGCCGUAACGCAAACAUUUCAUUGAUAAGAAAAACAAAAGAGGAUACCCUAUGAAAUCAUUUAAAAUGACUUAGAUGUCAAUUUCAAUGUUUCAGAAAUAAAAACGAAAAACAAAAACAAAAAAUUAAAAAUAAAAGCAAAUUAAAUUAAAUGGAAA